UUUGAUGCGCACCAGAAACAGAACAGAAACCGUUCAGACGGCGUGGUUAGCAAACAAUGGCGCAUCUUUGUAAAGUGUAUUCCCGAGCGUUUUCGACGAGUGCAGCUCUGAAGACUGUCAUCAAGAAUGUGACAGUCAUCGGCGGCGGUCUGAUGGGCUCUGGAAUUGCUCAGGUUGCAGCAGCAACAGGCCACAAUGUUACAAUGGUGGAUGAAACGGAUGAAAUCUUAUCCAGGUCCACAGCAGCCAUUGAGAGAAGCCUGGGGCGUAUUGCAAAGAAAAAAUUUGCAGACAGUGAAAAGGCGCAGUCCUCAUAUGUGUCAGAUGCAAUGAGUCGUAUACAGAUCAGCAUAAACCCAGUGGCAGCUGCCAAGAAAUCCGACCUGGUGAUAGAGGCCAUUGUAGAAAAUUUAGAGAUAAAACAAAAAUUUUUUACAACAAUGGAUGCUGCAGCCCCAAGUCACACCAUUUUUGCCAGCAACACUUCUUCCCUUUCAAUUGGAGAAAUUGCUUCUGCAACAAAGCGCCGUGAUCGCUUUGGAGGUCUUCAUUUCUUUAAUCCAGUUCCUAUGAUGAAGUUGGUGGAGGUUGUGAAGACCCCAGAAACCAGCACUGAUACUUUCCAGCAACUUGUCAAUUUUGGCAAAGCUUUAGGAAAAACGACAGUUGAAUGCAAAGAUACUCCAGGUUUUAUUGUCAAUCGUCUUUUGGUGCCAUACAUGAUGGAGGCAGUAAGGAUGCUUGAAAGAGGUGAUGCCACUGCUAAGGACAUUGACACUGCAAUGAAAUUAGGAGCAGGACAUCCCAUGGGCCCAUUUGAGCUGGCAGAUUAUGUGGGCCUAGAUACAACCAGAUUCAUUAUUAAUGGCUGGGCAGCCAAGUUUCCAGACAAUCCACUCAAACCCAGUGAGUUGCUUAACAAAUUAGUGUCUGAGAAAAAACUUGGAACAAAAACUGGAGAGGGGUUCUACAAAUAUGACAAAGAGUAAACAACAGCAGGCCUUCUAUACAAGAAACAUUUAAGAAGAGUAUGUUUAGAACAUUCUGACAUCCUUAGGCUCCAUGAUUGUGAUAAAUUACCGGUAACAAGAUUUGAAUGUCUGAUGUGGUCAAUGCAAAAAGAAUGGAAGCAUGUUCUGUAAUGUUGAUUUCAUGUUUUUUUUAAAUGAAUAACUGGACUGACUGCUAAGAACAUUGAUUGUAGCUCCUCUUACCCUCCCCAAAAAGUUGUGAAAUAGUUUCGUCAUAUUUUAUUCCAUGACUUUUCUGAAAUUAUACCCAAAGAAUAUAGAUGUUUAAUGUAUAGAAACUUUAACUAGGCCUUUAUGUGAGUGAAUUUUUUAAUAAAAAACUGAGAGCACCA